AUGAAAACUAUUCUAUUGGUGAGCGUUGCGCUUUUAGGAUUAGCCAUCGCGAUGAGGGAUCAAUCAAUCGCCGUUAAGGGACGAUUGGUCUGUGGUUCGAAGCCGGCUAGUAACGUGCGCGUGAAGCUCUGGGAGGAGGAUAGUGGACCUGAUCCGGAUGACCUCCUCGAUCAAGGUUACACUGACGGAAAUGGAGAGUUUAGCUUGCAGGGUGGAACCGCCGAGCUCACCCCAAUCGAUCCGAUCUUCAAGGUUUAUCACGAUUGUGACGAUGGAAUUAUGCCUGGGCAUCGAAAAGUGAAAUUUGGCCUCCCCAAAUCGUAUAUCACAGAAGGAAAGACCCCGAAAAAGACUUUUGAUAUUGGAGUGCUGAAUUUGGAGACGAUUUUCGCGAAGGAAGAGCGUGAGAUGAUCAUCAGUCGACGAAGCCUUCGAGGAGCGCGCGACGAUGACCACGACGAU